AUGAAGAUAAACUUGAAGGACAUUAUCAACAUUGUGCCGAUCAUCAAGGGCUCAGCGCUCAAUGGCGCCAUUUCAGAAGAGGCCCUUAAGGGUGGCUGCCCGCCAACCAUGCAGAACAACCGGAAUAUGGGCCAGGAGCUGUUAUUAGAGUCAUUGACGCUUCACGAGCAGAUCUAUGGAAUUCUCCACCGCAAGGUUGCACGGGUGUAUUCGAGCCUGGCAUAA